UGGCGUAUGGACAAGUGAAAAUGGUAGUGGCAGCAGAAAAACAAAUAUACAAUCCCCAUUAAACCCAAAAAUCAGGGUUUUCGAAGGGUUUUAGAGCCAUCAAUUGCCGUAUAUUACUUCACAACAUAAAUUCCCCCGGAAAAUCGUCAAAUCCGCCAUGAGAAGAGCUUCAUCUGCUCUACUCCCGCAGCUCCGGCGAGGCCAUAAAAUCCAUUUAUCUUUUCUUGGCAGCAGUUGUUCUUUCUCCCAUCUGAACUCCCUUCCCAACCCUCCAAUUCCUGCUCCAAAUGGAACAGCAUCCAAUUCAACGGGUUCCUUUGAUUUCAAGAACCAAUUUUUAUCCCGAAACUUCACGACCCUUGUGGAGAAUACCUCCAUCGAAUCUCCUAUGUCCUCAAGGCAAAGAAAAAUCAGAGAAAGAUUGCAACUUGAGGAAGCUUUCGAGUCUGCAGAGUCCAGCGAGGAAAUGCUUAAGGCAUUCAAGGAAAUGGAAGCAGUAUUUGACGAAGGAGAGCUUGGGUUGGCUUGCUUGAAACUGGGGCUGAAACUAGAUCAAGAAGGUGAGUAUCCUGAAAAAGCUUUCACUUUUGCUAAUAGGGCUCUGAAAAUUUUUGAUAGAGAUGAUGCAAAACCCUCUCUGCCUCUUGCUAUGACUUUGCAAUUGUUGGGUUCUUUGUGCUUCGGAUUAAAAAGGUUUAAUGAUAGUUUAGGGUACCUUAAUAGGGCAAACAGGUUAUUGCAGCAUCUGGAAGGAGAUAAUUCUUGUAGUUCUGAUGAUAUUAGGCCUAUUCUCCAUGCUGUCCAGUCUGAAUUGUUUAAUACUAAGACCGCAAUUGGGAGGAGAGAGGAGGCUAUUGUUCAUCUUAGGAAUUCAUUAGAGUUAAAAGAGAUGAUGUUGGAAGAAGAUUGUAGAGAACUAGGAAAUGCUAAUAGGGAUGUUGCGGAGGCAUAUGUUGCGGUUUUGAAUUUCAAGGAGGCAUUGCCAUUUUGCUUGAAGGCAUUGAACAUACAUAAAACGCAAUUGGGACAGAAUUCACUGGAAGUGGCCCAUGACAGGAGGCUUCUGGGAGUUAUAUACACUGGAUUGGAGGAGCAUGAUAAGGCACUCGACCAAAAUAAGUUGGCUCAGAGGGUCUUCAAAACUUGGGGUUGCAGUUCUGAACUGCUCCGGGCUGAAAUUGAUGCGGCCAAUAUGCAAAUAGCUUUGGGAAGAUAUGAUGAAGGUAUGGAUACUUUGAAGGGUGUUGUACAAGACACUCCAAAAGAUAGUGAAGAUCGAGCUAUGAUUUUCGUUUCCAUGGCAAAGGCUUUGUGUCAUCUGGAGAAGUUUGCUGAGUCAAAGCGUUGUCUAGUCAUUGCCUCAGAGAUCUAUAACAAAAAAGAAGCAGCCUCGCCCGUGGCAGUUGCUGAGGCAUAUAUGGAGAUAUCAAUGCAGUAUGAGACCAUGAAUGAAUUUGAAACUGCGAUCUCCUUGUUGAAGAAGGCGCAGGCAAUGCUUGACAAGAUUGCAGAGGAGCAACAUUCCGUUGGAAGUGUUUCUGCUAGAAUUGGCUGGUUACUACUUCUGACCAGUAAGGUUGAAGAAUCACUUCCGUACUUGGAGGAUGCAGCUGAAAGAUUAAAAGAGAGCUUUGGAAGUAAGCAUUACGGAAUAGGUUAUGUAUACAAUAAUCUGGGCGCUGCAUAUUUGGAGCUAGAUAGACCUCAGUCUGCUGCGCAAGUUUUUGCAUAUGCAAAAGAUAUCAUGGAUGUCUCUCUAGGUCCACAUCACGUAGAUUCUAUUGAGGCAUGUCAAAAUUUGUCAAAAGCCUAUUCUGCCAUGGGAAACUACCAGCUUGCAAUUAACUUUCAAGAGAAAGCAAUUGAAGCUUGGGAAGGGCACGGUCAGAGUGCUGAAGAGGAAGUCAAUGAAGCUCGCCAACAACUUGAACAGUUGAAGAAGAAAGCCUAUGAUGCUUCCGCAAAUGAGGCUCUCAUGAAUGCCUUACCUUCACCCCAGACAACGGAUGCAUCUGCUAGUUGACACUUGACAAUUGAAGCACGGAGGUUUUUCUAUCCUUGCCGAAUGUACUUGUUAAAAAACUUGUGUCUUUUUUUGUUCAAGCUGGCAAUAGAGAUGUAGAAUCUAAAUUUUGACUUCAAAACUUUGUUACUGUAUUUAGUGUGAGUAUUAAUUAGUUUUCAACACCUACGUAAGUAAUUGUUUUACAUGGGAUUUAAGUAUUUGAUGCAUUGAUGCUGAUGGUUUAAAUUUUGUAAGUGAAUGGAAAUACAUAUACGAAAAAGGAAGCAAAUAGGUCAGAUGUUGUCCACAAAUUUGAUUGUCCCGGGUGACAAGGCUACUCGUGGGGAUUUAGAAACUAGAAUUGUUAAGGGAAACCAUCUUUGCGCAGAAUGAUGCUUAGUAACAUGAACAGCAUGUGAUUACCUUAAAGUUUUUCGAUUAAAUAAAUUUCAACUUGUCGCUGAAAAUGUGAAGUCAAAGCCUUUUUAUUGCAUUUAGCUGUUUGCAGUGUUCACAUUUGGAGUAACUUCGAAACUAUCAAAACUAUAAUGCUUAUAUUACUCUGAAGAACUACGUUUAUUUAGGUCAAAUUUCCUG